AUGGGAGAGAAGAGCGACAAGAAAGAAAAGCGAUCAAGGGACGCUUCCAGCUCUUCUUCAGCUUCCAAAAAGGCUCGCAAAUCUCAAGAGGCGAGUGAGCAUAGCAUCUCCCAAAACGAGAGCGGUGUGAAGAAGGGCAAAGGAAAAGCCAAAGAUGGUCAAAUUUCUACAUCUGCAGACACAACACAAGACAGAGAAACGGCAAAGAUAAAAACAUUAGAUCAACAACAUGCGUAUGAUGUUGGAGCUGUCUUAGUAUCAGCAUCGGAUUUCGCAUUACCCAAAGAUAUACCUUUCACAUUGCACCACCAACCUGGCUCUACAUCAGCAAGUCAAGAGCAAAGGGGAGCAUCUCUAGAGGACGGUCUCAUCUUGUCAGGCGAAUCAGACUCGAUGGAUUACGUUGGAUGGAAUUGGGACCUGAAUGCUAGCGUAGGCAAUGAUUCAGCAGUCAGACGUGAUGCAAAAGGGUAUUCUGGAGAAUACCUUGUAGGCAUCUAUGAUCCUGAAGAACGUACCGUUACCCUACGUGCUGCACCAAUGUUCAAUUUGAGAAGAUCCGUCAAGUCACUGUCAAAUCUAUCUAUCAACGGUUCGAGCGGAUUGUCAGAUUGGCAAAAACGUGUUGUUGCACGUCGUGAUUUGGGAGAAGCGUUCGGAAACCGAAAGACAAAAGCAAAAGCACGAGCAGAGGAUCGUAUGAAGGUCGAUACGAGUAAUAUGCUGGACAUCGUCAACACUUUACAAGAUGGCAUUGAAGAUACAAAGCAGAACAUUCCUUCAAUCGAUGAGAUGAAUGCAGAGGCUGAACAUGCUCGACCGAUUCCACCACCAAACUUCAAAGCUCAAACUCCACAUGAAGCAUAUCCAUUGGAAGUCUUGAUUCCCGAUGCAAUCUUCCGACUCUUAAAUACAAGAACAUUGGAAGGUGUUGAAUCGCAGGCAGAAUUGGCAAAAGCAUUGCCGGUCCGUGCUUCACAAUCGCCUUGGUUGAAAGAGCGAAUUUGGAAUAUGAUUCAAUCAGCCAAAUUCCGUAAGAUGAAUCAAGGUAAAGGAGGUUCACCUACAAAAGCAAAAGUUGAAUUCGAUGAAGAUGGAUUGCCGAUCGAAAAUGAAGAUGAAUCAAGUAUGGAUACCGCACCUACAAAUGGUAUCCUUAAAACUUCUCGACAAGAUGCACGUACGAAGCUCAAAGUGGCAUUCUAUAUUUCCAUCCUUUGGAGUUUCCUGAGUGUGGCAAGAGGAGGAAGCAAAGGUGGCGAAAAAGAGCAAUUGUUGUUCAAAUUACGCUUACACAACCUUCCAGGAGGCGAUCAAAUCUUGGCAGAUCUAUUCUCUCAAUUUACCGAACAAGAACGUGGCUCUAAGCGUGGAUCAAUCACCAAUUUCACCGAAACGAAAUUGUAUGCGUACAUGUUUGCUUUAUGCUUACAUUUGGAGGAUUUCUCAAUCGAUACAGCUCCUCUUGCACGAGAUCUUACUGUUCCACCAACAAAAGUAACAGAUAUCUUCCGCUCUUUGGGUUGUACAUCAGCGAACAAGACUGUAACCAAUUCAGACGGUACUUCAAGAGCACAAAGAAGAACCAUCUUGAAGAUUCCAUUCGAGCUGCCCAAGCCAAGGAAAGGACGUAGAAAUUAAUCUUUCUAUCGAAAAGGACUUUCUCCAAAAUCAUGUACAUCAUACUGGCUGAAAUAUUAUGCAAUAGCAUUUUCGCAUUUACCACUAAUCUUCGCAAAUUUCUUCCCCAGUGUCGAU